AUGCAAUCCAAAGAGCCACCUGCUCGGCGCACCACCAUCGGCCGCAGAGACUCUGUGGAGGCUGCCGCGCUUGAAUCGGCCGAGGUGGGUGCGGAGGCAUUCAUCGCCAGCCCCGCUGUGCGCACGCUGAUAGCUGGUGGGGUUGCUGGCGUCGUCAGCCGGACAGCCGUGGCGCCGCUAGAGCGCGUCAAGAUCCUGCUGCAGGUGCAGGGUCUCUCUGCGCAGGGCCAGACACCACACCACACAUCGCUAGCUCGCUCGCUCCGGGAGCUCUGGCGGACAGAGGGCAUGCUGGGCCUCUACAAGGGCAACACCGUCAAUUGUGUGCGGGUCUUCCCCUCGUCCGCCAUCCAGUUUGGCGCCUAUGCCGACCUAAAGACGCGGCUCUUUGGCGAACGGGGCGCACGGGGCGAGCUCCUGCCGCAGGAGCGGCUCGUUGCGGGCGGGCUCGCGGGUGCGAUUGCGCAGCUGCUCACCUAUCCGCUCGACAUGGUGCGCGCACGCAUAUCGACCGACAUGGCGGGGCGGUACCACAACGGUAUCGUCGCCGCCAUCGUCACUGUGGCCCGCGACGAGGGGCCAGCGGCCCUGUUUCGCGGCCUGCUGCCGUCGCUGAUUGGCAUCGUGCCGUAUGUGGGCAUUGAUUUCGCCGUGUACGACACGCUGCGACCGCACAUGCCGCGCAAUGAGAGGGGAGAGCCGACCGUUGUCGGCAAGCUUUGCGCCGGCGGCUUUGCGGGGGCGUGUGGCCAGACAGUGGCGUACCCGCUCGACACGGUGCGAAGGGUGCUGCAGGUGCAAGACGUCAAGGUGAAGCACAGCGGCGUGCGGUACGGGGGCAUGCUCGAGGCUCUGGUCGGGAUCGGGCGGCGCGAUGGCAUCGUGCGGGGGCUCUACGCCGGCCUGACGGUCAACAUUGUGAAGGUAAUUCCCUCGGUCGCCAUCAGCUUUGUAUGCUUUGAGGCGGUGAAGGGCGCCCUCGACGGUGCGAGCGCGUCGCACGCGCGGGGUGAAAAGGGCUGA